AUGAAAAUCCCAGUAGAAAACGAGGUCAUAACUAUUAGGGGAAAUCAAACCCUAUCUCGGCAAUGUUACAUGGCAACGAUGGGCAGCACGGUGGAAACGAUGAACAUCGAUACACCGGAGCUGCUCCUCAGAGAGAAAAAGGCUCAGAAACCCCGGGAAAACUUAGAAAAAAUUGAACUAACAGAGGGCUCCGAGAUAUGUGUGAAGCUGAGAGUAGAUUGGCCAACUGAUCACCGAGAAGCUAUCAUAGCUCGGAUAAAACAGUACGUAACUUUCUCUUUAGAGAAACAGAUUGCUAUCCGAGAUGAAGUGGAGAAGCUUUUGAAAGCCGGGUUCAUCAGGAAAGUGGAUUACCCGGAGUGGCUGGCCAAUGUGGUUUUAAUCAAGAAAUCUAAUGGCAGAUGGAGGCUUUGUAUAGAUUUCACUGAUCUAAACAAUGCCUGCCCGAAAGACAGUUUCCCUCUGCCAAACAUCGACCAACUGGUAGAUGCAACGUGUGGUUUCGUAGUCUAUGCAUUCUUAGAUGCUUCUCAGGGAUACCACCAAAUCCUGAUGAACAAGGAUGAUGAGGAAAAGACAGCGUUCACCACAGAUCUGGGGACAUAUUGCUACAAGAAGAUGCCUUUUGUACGGUCUGGGAAGUUUCUUGGGCACCUCAUCUCAGAGAAAGGUAUCGAGGCAAACCCGAAAAAAAUCGAGGCAGUAAUGAACAUGAAAGCCCCUAAGUCGGUAAAAGAAGUACAAAAUUUGAAUGGAAGAGUCACGGCACUGGGAAGCACACCCCCGGUGCUAGGUAGACCCGAGCUAGGAGAAAUCUUGUACUUAUAUCUCUCGGUGAAUGAUGAGACGGCAGCGGAAGUCCUGGUCAAGGAAGAUAAAGGUCUGCAAACCCCAGUUUACUAUCUCAGCAGAGUCCUGAAAGGCCCGGAGGUCAGAUACCCAAAGAUUGAAAAAUUUGUUUUGGCACUGAAAGUGGCAGCAGAAAAGCUAAGGAGAUAUUUUGAAGCUCACAUCAUAGUAGUAUUGGCUGAUUUUAUAGCCGAGACCACGGCCAGUGAUCAACCUGAGGAAGCUGAUGAACAACUUCUAAAUUGGGUCCUAGAAGUCGAUGGAGCAUCGAAUCUGGAAGGAUUUGGAGUAGGCAUGGUCCUAAGAGGGCCUCACGGAGUUACACUCCGGAGCUCGGUAAAAUUCGAUUUCCCGGCGUCCAACAACGCCGCGGAAUAUGAGGCUCUGCUGAUUGGAUUGAGAAUGGAGCUCGGGGGGAAAUGGGUGAUAGAGCAAGUUCCCCGCUUGGAAAACCAAGAAGCCGAUGUACUGGCCAAGGCAGCAACAGUGGAUGAAAAGAUACCCGGGCCUUUGGAGAAUUGGAUGCAAGGCAUAGCCCAUUAUCUGAUGGACGGAACUCUGCCAGAAGACAGAGAUAAAGCAUACAAAAUCCUGCGACAAGCCCCUUACUACGCUUUUCUCGACGGAGUCUUGUACAGGAAGUCAUUCACCCAUCCUUGGUCAAGAUGCCUAACGACAGAAGAGGGCGAGUAUGUUUUGAGAGAACUACACGAAGGUAUUUGUGGGGCACACAUAGCUCCUCGCAUGGUAGCAAAGAAAGCAGUUCUGCAGGGGUAUUACUGGCCCCUGAUGGUCAUGCAGGCUGAAGAGAUAGUAAAGAAGUGUGAGAACUGUCAGAGGCACCAGAAUAUCCGACAUGCUUCAACUAUAGAGCAGUGUCCUAUCACCAGUUCUUGGCCUUUUGCAACAUGGGGGAUUGACAUUCUAGGACCAUUCACAGCAACCACGGGGCAGAAAAAGUUCUUGAUAGUGGCAGUAGAUCACUUUACAAAGUGGAUCGAGGUAGAAGCAGUAAGCACUAUCACAGAAGCUCGAAUCCGGGAUUUCUUCUGGAGGCAAAUUGUGUGCCGAUUUGGGAUACCCAGAGCAUUGAUAACCGACAAUGGGAAGCAGUUCAAUUGCCGAGCCUUUAAAGAAUUUUGCAACGAUUUGCACAUCGACCUGCGCUUUACUUCAGUAGUUCAUCCGCAGAGUAAUGGGAUAACCGAGGUGACCAACCGGACAAUUCUGAAAGGGCUUAAGGCCAGGCUGGGGCAGUAUGAUAAACAAUGGCUGGAAGAGCUACCUAAGGUUAUCUGGGCUUACCGCACUACUCCAUAUGUUUUCUCUGACAUAUGGGUGUGA